UCUUUAUUUUCUCUAGCAGCCAUAUAGUCAUCUUCUUCCUUCUUAGCAGUUUUUAAUUGCGCAUGACUGCAACCACUGAUUCAAUGCAAAAAUCGUCUUCUUCUUUUUCAUUAGGACGUCAUGUGUAAACAACAGGAAAAUGCUGCGCGCGUACGAAAAUGGUUUUUUAAAAGUAUAAAACGUCAUUAUUAUUGCGCAUUGAUUUUUCGCCUUUUUUUCUCACUCCUCCUUUUCUCUCUUGUUUCUCUUUCUCUGUUCUUUUAUCCGAUCCUUUUUUUAAGUUGUUCCAACUACACCUUUCUCUGUUCUCAAAAUUAACCGAAAAAAAAGUGAUUUUCAAAAAAAGAUCGUAUCUGUGGUUUUUUUUCGCCUUGCGAACUUUUUAAUGUUGUGAAGAUGUGAGUUGUGUUCUGUGCAGGUCUGUCAGACUGUCUAUCUAUCCUCUGCGCCUUAGAGUAGAACUUACCCACCGCAGAAGAUCUUCAUUUGUCGGUUGUGCGCGGCGAACAGAAAAAUCCGUUCCCAAAUUUAAAAAAAAAAAAAAAAAAAAAUCCACCUUCUCUCAAAAAAUAUAUCUAUUUUAUUUUGAGGAACUAGAUAUUUUUUGUUUUUGAAAUUUAUUUUGUUUGGAAAUUAAAUUUCGUUGAAGUUAUUCCUCUUAUUGCAAAAUAUAAGAAGAAAUAAAAUAGUCAGCGCAAUAAAUCAUAAUUAUGCGAUAAGCAAAAAGAAACAAACCCAAUUUAUAGAUACUUUAUCGCGGAUAGAGCGCAAGGUGCGAAGAAAUAUCAAAAAAAGCGCAUAAAAUAUGCGAUCAAAGAUUAGUUGCAAUGAAUUUCCAAUAUUCCAACAAUAAAUGUGUGAAAAUGUUAGAGAUUUUUCAUCAUCAACACCAAAAGCAACAUCAACAACAACGGUCACGUGCUGCUGCUAUUCCCCGCCGCCAACUUUAUCUUCUUUUGCUACGACUUUAACGGCAACGACAACGAUAACGACACCAGCGCCACCGCUAUCAAUAAUACCACCAGAAAAAAUGAUUUCUUCGCAGCAAUUAUUGUCCACUAAGGCGCAAGGUGAAAAUGCUGUUGCUAUCAAUAAUAACAGCAACAUCUUAAGUAACCAGCAGCAGCAUUUGCAGCAACGCAUGCAACAACAAACAAGCGGUAACCAGCUUAGCAAGGCUGCCUCGUCUAUGGCGAUCAAUCAUCAUAAUAGAAACCACAAUAUUUCCAGUCAGCCGAUAAAGAAAAUCGAAAGUCAUGCCACUCCCCCGGUUGCUAUUCCGCCCAGAUUAAUGGCCGCCCAAACAGGCUGCUCGCCAGCCUCGAGUUUGUCUCUAUCGUCGUCAACUUCCUCGCCAUCUACAUCGCCGCCACCUCCUCUACCGCCCAAACUUACAAAAACCCUAUCGGCCGGUGUAAUCCAUCGUAUAUUGAACAACCCAAACAUGGAUGUAAGCACUGGUGGCGGUACUGGUGGCUACCUGAACCAGAUGAGCCGCAGCAUGAUGGCUCCAAAUCAAAAACCAAUUACAUCCAUGGCCAACAUGUCAAAAUCAAUAACCAACGAUAGCAGUUUGAAUAACAAUCUCGACCUGUUGCUCGAAAAGAAACUUCACCUAACGAAAGAUGUCUCAAUACCAAGUGCUCCGACGAUGGCUUCUGCUGCUACCACAUCAUCAUCAGUCCCUGGCAAAGAAAGUGAUUAUUACGAUGCAGAAAUCGAUUACAUGAACAAGUAUCUGCAGAGCUUGCCCGAUUAUGGUGAACUGGAUAAGAAAAUCCACAAGGAGUAUAAAAAGUGCGAAGACCUCUGCGAUCAAAUGCAAAAUUUCAACACCAAUCAUCAGCCUUUAUCGCCAUUUAGACGCCACCAACAACAACAACAGCAGCAACAGCCACAAGCGCAACCACUUUCUAAAUCCAGUUCCCAUCAAAGUGUAACAUCAGCGGCAGCAGCAGCAUCGUCUUCGGUUGGAAUCAGGCCCCCCAUAGUGUAUCCCAGACCUGUUCUGACGUCGUCAUCGAUAAAUAUUCCAACUGCGGAUGCCCCUGUCGCUGGAUCGAAGUCUCGUCUGCAGUUUCCCUCCACAUCUGCACCAUUGCAACCUGCAACCAAACUUAUGAGGAGCAUAUCCAGUUCGAAUGUGCCACCACAAUAUGGAGUAGUACCUCCGUCCAAGCAUAUGCAAAUGUUGCCACUGUCUAAUGCUCCAUCAUUGAUUGGUGGUGGUGCUGUUGCUGCUGCUCCCUCACCCUCGCAGGUGACAGCUUUGCAGAAAAGCGCGUCGAAUGCGUCGAUAAAAUCCAACUUGAGUGCUGGCAAGCAGCUCAUGAACAAUUUCUGGUCAGAGAACCUGGGAUCCGCGGUGAAAACGCCUAAAAAAUCCAUAUGGAAUUACGAGAAAAUCUGUGCUCCCACAGCGACUGUCGUCGAACCGAGAAAGUUCAAGCCAACCCACGAACCCCAACCGAACAAGCUGCAAAAGAACUACUCGCUCUCCCAUCUGGACAGGCAAAUCCAACAGAGUGCGACGAAGGAGGACCUUUACAAGCUCAUGUGCAAUGACAAUCCAGCGCCACCAGCUAAGCCGUCGAUAACAAGCAGUUUCACGAGUAAAGUGCCAGUUAAAGUGAUCCAAGCUAACAAGGAACCCGAAAUGAGUCUGAACAAGAGUGUGUCAUUGUCGCACGUGCCCGGCGGCGGCGGUAACAUUGGGGUCGUAAAGUCGGCGAGUAAAACUCACAUACCGUGCUAUAUGAAGCACCUCCCAUCGCUGAGUCGAAGUACGUCCAAUAGUGCGAUUUUAAUGAAUCAGAAGGACAUCAAGGAGAAACAAGCGCAAAAACCUCCUGCCCCGGCUCCACCUCUGCCAGCGGUAAUGACAGCUUCGACCCCCCUUGCAGCAUCAUCAUUGACAAAUCCAGGUCUACUUAAGUCAGCAUCAAGUUCAAGUGUUUUCUUGCCGAAAUAUCAACCGUUCUAUUUGCGGCCUAAUAAUUCAGCAGUUCCGAAACAUCAACAACAACAACAACAGCUGCAGCAACAGCAGCAAAAGAAUCAUCAUCUAAAUCCAACUCAUGCAGAUGUUUCUUCACCAGCAUCUGCAUCAAAUAUGACGCAUGCGACACCACAACACGAUCGGAAAUCAGAGAACAGCAGUAGUAGCAGCAGCAUAGCUACAAGCAAUUGCUGCGCCACGCAUUUGCCCCAGCUUUCAAAAUUUACCUCAUCAUUUCAUAUUCCGCCGACAACAUCUACGUCUACGUCGUCGUCUUCUUCGACAACGAAUACAAGCAACAAACAGCAACAAUUUAAAAAUUCAUCUGCGGCGCCGAUGCCGGCGGCGGCGGAACCACAACAGCCCCCACCGUCAAUAGCUGGUGGCAUGGUUAGCGUUGGUGGUGGUGGUGGCUAUAAAAUUGCGAAAACACAGAGCAACGUUGAUUUAGAACUUUCGAAACGCCAAAAAGAUGCCGAAAAUAAAAUCGAGAAGUGUCUCAAUGAUAUGUUAAAAAUAUCUUCUUCGACCAAUUACAACCAACAGCAGCAGCAGCAAAAUCAGCAACAACAACAGCAACAACAAUUAUCGUCAGUGAAUUCCCCUGCUGCAUCCUUGGCAUCGUCGUCGUCGCAGUUGGGUUCAACCACAACAACGAUGGCAAAGUCAGACAAAUGUCAUUUACAUCAGCAUCAACACCAACAACAACAACAACAACAGCAGCAGCAGCAGCAUUCACUGCAACAACAACAAAAUUCAUUACAAAUGCAACAACCUGUUAUAGCGGCACCGCUUGGUUCAGCAGCUGUUUUGGGCGCCAUGCAACAGAAAUCAUCACAAAUUAGACCAAAUCCCAUUGGGAAAUCAUAUAGCGCAUCGCAAGUACAUCAAGCUUAUCACCGUCAAGCCAUAUUGCAGCAUCAACAGGCGCAGCAGGAACAAAUUCGACAACACCAACAGCAGCAACAACACCAUCAACAACAACAGCAACAGAAAAAACCGUUAACAAGCUGGAAUGCCUUCGGCAUGGAUCCUUACUUGCAGCAAAAUCAAAAAUUCAUCAAUCAGUCCAAAUCUCAACAACAACAACAGCAUCAGCAACAACCUGUCACUAACAAUCUGUCAUCAACAAGUAGUGGCGCUAGUGUCGGUGUGGGGACUUCACAAUCAGCCGCAGUUCCGUCCAAAACUAAUUUCUCAUUUGAAAAUGCGUUUUCCAAACUCAAGAACAACAAAGAGAACAAAUUCCUUCCGGCUUUGGGUUUCCUUCAACAAAAACCCAACCCUUUAUCUCAUUCGGCCUCUUUUACGGUCGGUAAACCUACGGCGGCUUAUCAACAACAUCAAAUGCAUCAACACUUACCGACAUCAGCGUCAAAACAAAUGUUUAAUAAUUUUAAAAAUGGCGGCGGUAGUAGUAGCGGUGGCGGUGGCGUUGGCAGUGGUUGUUGUUAUAACUUGGGUCAUUCCGAUGAACGAAAGAACAUUUUACAACCAUUCGAUCCGUACUAUUAUGCGAAACAACAAGCUGCGACGAUGGGUAGCAAUAAUUCGAAUGUAGGAGGAGGACAACAACAGCAACAACACCAGCAUUAUGCUCCUAACAUAUCGCAACCUCAACAAACUCCUGCGCAACAACAACAACUACAACAACAGCAAAACACAACACAACAAUCAUCUAUAUGUUUCAAUCCUUGUAGUAAUAUGUCUAAAUCAGCACUACAUUAUCUCGAGCAAGCAAAGCCAGUUAUUCAAGAUGACGCUGAUGGCCACUUGAUAUAUCACACCGGCGACAUUCUUCAUAACAGAUAUAAAAUCAUGGCUACACUGGGCGAAGGCACAUUUGGACGUGUCGUUAAGGUCAAAGACAUGGAAAGGGAUCACUGCAUGGCCUUGAAGAUUAUAAAGAAUGUUGAGAAAUAUCGUGAAGCUGCUAAAUUAGAAAUUAAUGCACUGGAAAAAAUUGCUCAAAAGGAUCCCAAUUGUGAUCAUUUGUGCGUAAGAAUGAUUGAUUGGUUUGAUUAUCACGGACACAUGUGCAUUGCAUUUGAAAUGCUCGGUUUGAGUGUUUUCGAUUUCUUGAGAGAGAACAACUAUGAACCAUAUCCGCUGGAACAAGUGAGGCACAUGGCAUACCAACUUUGCUACUCAGUUAAAUUCUUACAUGACAACAGACUAACGCACACGGAUCUCAAGCCUGAGAAUAUUUUAUUCGUUGACUCUGAAUACACAACACACUAUAAUCAUAAGAUUAAUCGCGAAGUUCGUCGCGUUAAAAGUACAGAUGUUCGUUUAAUUGAUUUUGGAAGUGCUACUUUUGAUCAUGAACAUCACAGCACAAUUGUUUCGACGCGUCACUAUCGAGCUCCAGAAGUAAUCCUCGAAUUAGGAUGGUCGCAACCGUGCGAUGUUUGGUCAAUUGGUUGUAUACUAUUUGAGUUGUAUUUGGGCAUUACACUCUUUCAAACGCACGAUAAUCGUGAACAUCUUGCCAUGAUGGAACGAAUUUUAGGACAGAUACCAUAUCGUAUGGCACGUAAUCAUGUUCUUUUCAGUAAAACCAAAACAAAAUACUUUUAUCAUGGUAAGUUGGACUGGGAUGAGAAAUCAUCAGCUGGACGGUAUGUCCGCGAUCAUUGUAAGCCACUGUUUAGGUACCUGAUGUCCGAGAGUGAAGAUCAUUGUGAGCUAUUUGACUUAAUUAAGAAGAUGUUAGAGUAUGAGCCAAGUCAACGUAUUACGUUAGGAGAAGCACUGCGUCAUCCAAUAUUCGAAAAACUCCCACCUCACCAGCGCAUCGGUGAUCUCGGCAGCAACAAUGUUGCGGCGGCUUCUGGCAGUAGCAGCCGCGAAAGGUCGCACAGUUUAUCAAGAUGAGAUUUAGCUCGAUUUGGUUAUUGUUAGUUAAUACAACACAAACAAUCAACAAGGAAAAUCAAAAUACAUGUUUGCAGAUAUAAAAUUAAAUAAAAACAAAAACAACACAAAAUUUGAAGAAAAAUAAAACCUUAAUUACCAACUGUACCAAUAAAAAGAAGACAUCAACAUUCGCAACAAGGACAGAAGCAGAUACCUAAUUGGGAACAACAACAACCACAACAAAAACAACUUUAUCCAACCAUACGCUGAUCCAACAAGGAAACUUAGUUUAUAUAUAUAAUAAUUUUAUUAUAAUAAUUUUAAUUUAAAUAAUUUAAUCCAAUGUUUAAUUUAUUUUCUUCUUUCAUUUCAUUGAAGAAAAAAGAAACAAAGGAAAGAUGAUAGCAACAUUUGAGAUUGCUUUAAGUUUGAUUGUUUAAAUAAUUAUUUUAUUUUUUUUUUAAUAAAAAGGUUUUAUUUACUAUUAUUUGUAAUUUGUAAGUUUAGUCAACAAAGACAAAAUUUAAUUUUACAGUUGUACUGUAUGAAUAGUUUAUUAUUUUAAAAUUAGUUUUUCCUUUUUGUUAAUUUAAAUUAAAGAAAAUAAAAAUAAAAAAGAAAAAAACACAAGUCAUGUGCAAGUUCAAGCAGAUGAAGUCGUUUUUUCUUCUUUCUGACUCGCAAUUAAACUUAGAAACCCUAGAACCUGAAGAAACAACUAAGUUUUGAUGAUUUUCCUCAAUCAAAGUAGAUUUUUUGUGAAAUGAUCCCUGUGUAAUGUUAAAUGUAAUUGGUAUUAAGGAUUUUAAUGUAAUUGAUUAAUUGUAACCAAAUCGUCUGAAGAAGUUUGUCUUUUCAUUUUAUUUCUAUCCACACACAUUAUACAUUUUCCAUGAAACAAAAAACGGUGAAUAUAAUUAUGUAAAAUUGUUUAUUAUGUUCAACGUGCAAUGUGAGCGUUAAAUAGCGUUUAUAUUUCUUUCUUUCUUUGAAUAAUUUACUCUUAUUCAAAAUGGUAGAUAUUAAUUGUAAGAAAUUUAAAUAAAGAUUUUUUGAAAACAAAUAAAAAAAAACAAACAAAAUUUAAAAUGUACUUUUAUUUAACAAAAUAAAAAGUCACUGAAAAAAUACCAUAAAUUGUAAAAAGAACUAAAUGAAAACGUUUUUUUAGAGAGAAUUAAAAAUAACAAAAGUUUUGUUCAUGCUUAGGAAAAUAUUUUUUUGUUUUGUAAAUUUGAAAAUUUAACUAAUUAAUAUUUCAUACUGGAGUUGUGUUUCGUUUGAAAAUUUAAACUUUUGAUAAAGAAAAAGGAAACUUAAGCUAAGUUUUUUCUCUUUCUUUGAUUCGGUGUAAAAAUAUAUUUAUACGGACAAAAUCAAAUGUAUAAAAAGAAAACAAAAAAUAUAAUUCAUUCACUCAUAAAAUCUAGUUGUUACAAUAAUUGUUUGAAUAUAUUUUUAUCUAUUCUAUAAAUUAAACAAUAAACAUACAAACAAACAAAAGAAAAUGAUCACGCAUCUGUGACAAUGCCAAGAGAAGAAAAACUUAAUUUUUCUUAUUUUUUUUUCGUUUGCCAUUGCAAAAAUAAAAAUAUUAUAUAUUCUUUAGGAGUUAAAUAUAUUAUUUUCUUCUGUCAAUGAAUUUAUAUUAAAACAAAAAUGCAUACUACGAAGCAUCUCAUUGAUCAUUUUACAUGAAUACAGGGCAAACUUAUGUACAUUUGUCUUGUUUUUAGAUUUAAUAAAGAAAAACAAAAUACAAUUUCUUGAAAAUAAAAUAAAUAAAUAUAAAUAAAAUUGAA